AUGCAGCUCAAAGGCUUCUUCUCGGCCGUGGCCACGGUCCUCCGGCCAGUGCUGGUCCCACGACCCUCCGUCAUCAGGCGCACCUCCGACGGCACCUAUUUCCGCUUCGAGACCGGCAGCCGCAUCGGCAUUUGGAAGGCCCCGGACCUGACCGGCCCCUGGGUGUACCAGGGCGCCGUCCUCCCCAACGGGAGCAGGAUCAACAAGCCCGGCCGCGAUGAUCUUUGGGCUCCCGACGUACGCGAAAUCAACGGCCGCUACGUCCUCUACUACACCGUCUCCACCUUCGGCUCCCAAAACUCCGCCAUCGGCUACGCCACCUCCGCCACCAUGGAAGCCGGCUCCUGGGCCGACGGCGGCACCACGGGCGUCGAGUCCAGCACGGGCAUGGCCUACAACGCCAUCGACGCCGCCCUCGUCCAGGUCGGCUCCUCCUACCUCAUGAACUUUGGCUCCUUCUGGGGCGACAUCUACCAGGUGCCCAUGAACGCCGCCGCCACCGCUAUCGCCGGCACCCCCUACCAGAUCGCCUACGACCCCGCCGGCGCCCACGCCGUCGAGGGCGCCUUCAUGCACUACCGCGCCGGCAUGUACUACCUCUUCUUCAGCGCUGGCACCUGCUGCGGCUACAACGACAACAAGCCCGCCCCCGGCGCCGAGUACCGCAUCCUCGUCUGCGCGAGCGCCAGCGCCACCGGGCCCUUUGUCGAUAGGCAGGGCAGGAGUUGCCGCAACGGUGGUGGAACCGUUGUCCUCGAGAGCCACGAUCACGUUUAUGGACCGGGAGGCCAAGGCGUCUUUGCUGACCCGAAACGCGGUACCAUCUUGUACUACCACUACGCCAACACCAACAUCGGUCUGGCUGAUUCCCAAUAUCAGUUUGGCUGGAACGUCCUGAGCUGGUCAGGUGGCUGGCCUUCAGUCUAA